AUGGACCGUAAAAAAGGAUCAAUCACUCGGACCACCACAUCAUAUAAUGCGCCGCAUUUUCUUGUCCCCCUCCCCAACUUUACCUCCACGUGCACCAUGAAUUUGAUGAGCAUUCCACCGGAGCUGCGGCUAUACAUUGCAAGACGCUACAGUUUGAUAGAUCCACGUUAUUCUGAGAAAGACUACUUGCAAUACAACACAAAUAGUCUGAUAUGGGAUCGUACCAAAAAAGCCAUAGACAGCCCGAAGAUUGUACAAUAUGUGGAGAGGAUCAAUUUGCCAUCCACCCGAGUACUAGUCUGGGAUGCUGACGGGGAUUCUGACCGCGAGGACGAGAUAAGUGCCAGCUCCCCCCAAGUUUUGCCAGAAGAACUUGUCGACUUGUACCUGAAUCAAGCCAGACAGCACCCGAUACUGGAACAGCUGGUGAGGGACUUCCGCCAUGGACAACAAGAUACUUUCGGCACGGAUUGGCGCUUUGAACAAUCGGUUCGGGUAGGGUCAGAUGCGCCCAUUGUUACGAUUUUGCUUUCUAUGACAUGCAAUCUGAAAACACUAUGCUUCACCGAGAUCGGUGGGCUAGAGGACGAGUUCGCCGAUUUUAUUAAGCGGGUGUCGCUGGCUUAUAGGGAUCCGAAACAAGUACAGUUUUUGCCCUUUCAGACCCUGAGUAGGGUUUCCGUCUCCCAUGAGUUUCCCGAUUAUUGCUGCGCUGCGGAGUGGGCGAUUUGGUUUCUCCGUAUUCCUACACUACAAAAGUUUGCCUCCUGGGGUAUGGGCGACGGAAUAGAUGACAGCUACGCUGCCGAAGACACCAAUCCCGAGUACUCUGAAUUAGUCACACAUGGGCUCCAAGACUAUCACAUAUCAAAUGUCAAACAACUAUGGUUUAAGCAAAGCCUUUUCGCUCCUGCAGCCAUUGAUCAGAUAAUACGUACAACAAAGACUUUGCAAGCUUUUACGUACUUUGGCGACUGUUUAAUCAGCGAAAUUGGCUUUUUUUUGCCCCGAAGGAUCGUUGCAGCUUUGGUGGAACACGCUGGACACUCUUUGGAGGAUCUUCUUCUCUGGGCUAAACCUGAGCACCCCGAUUUUGAACACGAUCAGGAUUUUGAUCACGCAUCACUGUACGGAUUCGAAAAGCUGAAGCGACUCCGAUGCAGAUGGUCUAUUUUGAAAGGUGAACUAGAUGUGAACGACCACGAAGAACCACUCUCUGAAGCAGGUCAUGGCAGUGAAUCCAAAAGCGAGCGAACUGAUCUCGUUAAUUUUUCAGCUCGCUCAUCGGAUACGGUGGUAGAUGUUGGCGACGACAAGUCGCUCUCCGGGGAAAAUCUUGGCAUCGGAUCUUACAAAGACUUUGUUGAUCUUGCGAAGGUUUUGCCGCAAUCAUUAGAGGAAUUGCAACUUGAUACAGACCCAGGGGAUAAGGGGUUGAUAGCUUCGUUUAUGGCAUUGGUGGCUGGAAAGGAAACCAACUUUCCCAACCUCAAGCAGGUCUAUUUUCAGCCUCAUGCAGAUGAGUCGGACGCGGAAAUGCAGGAGUUGAUUCAGGCACUGAGGGAGAAAUCAAUCGUGUUUGGGAUUCUGGAUAACGAUCUAUGGUAUAUGGAUCAUGAGGAGUUCCUGACACUUGAAUAUUAUGGAUAG